AUUACAUGAAUGAACACGGAAAUUAAUAAAUCCUCGCCAUCUUCUCAAUGUUAUAAGAGAGAAGAUUUUGUAACCGUUUCCACAGUGUUGGUUUUGAAGUCACUUUACAAGCUGUCUACAACUUCUUAAGAUGAAACAAAUAAUCGGGUUUGCGGGAUUCGGACUCGCCUGUCUCAACGGCUUGUUCAGCAUACUUGCUCUUGCACUAAAUGUUUGGAUGGAAUCAGAUCAUGAAAAUCAAGACGGCGGAUACGCCUCGUAUGGAUUAUUUAAAUAUUGUGGGAAAUUUUCGCAAGGCUAUGUGUGCAACGAAAUACCACCUGUUGGACAGGUACUCGCUGCUCGCGGUUUCGUAGCCCUGGGCAUGAUCCUGAUGUUGGGAGCUGCGGUAACGGCUGGUGUGCGUGUGUUUUUCUUGAAAGACAAGAACAUACUUUACCUGGUUACCGUCGGAUUGUCCAUAGCAGCUGGCUUUUGUCUGCUCAUCGGAUUCGCCACCUACGUUUCCUUCUUUGGACACUACGUCUCUACCGGAUCCUUCAGAUAUGGUGGUGGAUUUGCUCUGUGCGUGAUUGCCUGGUUGUUCAGCUGGAUCCAGGCUGGGGUGUUCUUUGUACACGGACGCAUGCCCGAUUCACCUGCAUAGUUUGCUGCAUGUUUAUUUUAUGCCCAUCGACGGUGUUAUGUUGAAGAAUGCACGAACCAAUUGUAUCUAUUGUAAAAUGCGCGUUAACACACUCUUAGUCGUAUUGAUUUAAUAAAUGUUUGUAUUUUA